AUCACAGCCCUUUAGAGAUCGGUGGUGCUGAAGGGCAGGGAUCUUAUUCCACCUUCUGAAGCUUCUGUCGAACCAGUUGUAAGGAGAAUGGAGAGAGCAGUGAGAGUGGAGUCCGGGGUCCUGGUCGGGGUGGUCUGUCUGCUCCUGGCAUGCCCUGCCACAGCCACUGGGCCCGAAGUUGAUCAGCCUGAAGUAGACACCACCCUGGGUCGUGUGCGAGGCCAGCAGGUGGGCGUGAAGGGCACAGACCGCCUUGUGAAUGUCUUUCUGGGCAUUCCAUUUGCGCAGCCGCCACUGGGGCCUGACCGGUUCUCAGCCCCACGCCCAGCACAGCCCUGGGAGGGUGUGCGGGAUGCCAGCACUGCGCCCCCAAUGUGCCUACAAGACGUGGAGAGCAUGAACAACAGCAGAUUUGUCCUCAACGGAAAACAGCAGAUCUUCUCCGUUUCAGAGGACUGCCUGGUCCUCAACAUCUAUAGCCCAGCUGAGGUCCCCGCAGGGUCCGGUAGGCCGGUCAUGGUAUGGGUCCAUGGAGGCACUCUGAUAACUGGCGCUGCCACCUCCUACGAUGGAUCAGCCCUGGCUGCCUAUGGGGAUGUGGUCGUGGUUACAGUCCAGUACCGCCUUGGGGUCCUUGGCUUCUUCAGCACUGGAGAUGAGCAUGCACCUGGCAACCAGGGCUUCCUAGAUGUGGUAGCUGCUUUGCGCUGGGUGCAAGGAAACAUCACCCCCUUCGGGGGUGACCUCAACUGUGUCACUGUCUUUGGUGGAUCUGCCGGUGGGAGCAUCAUCUCUGGCCUGGUCCUGUCCCCAGUGGCUGCAGGGCUGUUCCACAGAGCCAUCACACAGAGUGGGGUCAUCACCACCCCAGGGAUCAUCGACUCUCACCCUUGGCCCCUAGCUCAGAAAAUCGCAAACACCUUGGCCUGCAGCUCCAGCUCCCCGGCUGAGAUGGUGCAGUGCCUUCGGCAGAAGGAAGGAGAAGAGCUGGUCCUUAGCAAGAAGCUGAAAAAUACUAUCUAUCCUCUCACCGUUGAUGGCACUGUCUUCCCCAAAAGCCCCAAGGAACUCCUGAAGGAGAAGCCCUUCCACUCUGUGCCCUUCCUCAUGGGUGUCAACAACCAUGAGUUCAGCUGGCUCAUCCCCAGGGGCUGGGGUCUCCUGGAUACAAUGGAGCAGAUGAGCCGGGAGGACAUGCUGGCCAUCUCAACACCCGUCUUGACCAGUCUGGAUGUGCCCCCUGAGAUGAUGCCCACCGUCAUAGAUGAAUACCUAGGAAGCAACUCGGACGCACAAGCCAAAUGCCAGGCAUUCCAGGAAUUCAUGGGUGACGUAUUCAUCAAUGUUCCCACCGUCAGUUUUUCAAGAUACCUUCGAGAUUCUGGAAGCCCUGUCUUUUUCUAUGAGUUCCAGCAUCGACCCAGUUCUUUUGCGAAGAUCAAACCCGCCUGGGUGAAGGCUGAUCAUGGCGCCGAGGGUGCUUUUGUGUUCGGAGGUCCCUUCCUCAUGGACGAGAGCUCCCGCCUGGCCUUUCCAGAGGCCACAGAGGAGGAGAAGCAGCUAAGCCUCACCAUGAUGGCCCAGUGGACCCACUUUGCCCGGACAGGGGACCCCAAUAGCAAGGCUCUGCCUCCUUGGCCCCGAUUCAACCAGGCGGAACAAUAUCUGGAGAUCAACCCAGUGCCACGGGCCAGACAGAAGUUCAGGGAGGCCCGGAUGCAGUUCUGGUCAGAGACGCUCCCCAGCAAGAUACAACAGUGGCACCAGAAGCAGAAGAACAGGAAGGCCCAGGAGGACCUCUGAGGCCAGGCCUGAACCUUCUUGGCUGGGGCAAACCACUCUUCAAGUGGUGGCAGAGUCCCAGCAGGGCAGCCCGCCUCUCCCCCUGCUGAGACUUUAAUCUCAACCAGCCCUGCAUGGAGUCGUGUUCCUUAAAGCAUCGGCCGCUCUGUGACUGGAGUUAUGCUCUUUUGAAAUGUCACAAGGCCGGCUCCCACCUCUGGGCCAUUGUAAAAGUUCUUCCCUCUCCCUGAA